CUUGGUAGGUGGGGCUGCUCUUGCUUUUCAACAAGAUGGCGACCAGGCCAAACAGAAACAGAUCUUCUGCUCAGCACAUUGGGUCUAUUUUGACUGCAACAUUAGGAGGGAUAGCUCAAUUUAUAUGGUUGACACUUGUGGGAAUAGUAUCAGUGUUCAUGCCGGUACAAAAGAAGAACGUUAAGAAUGAAAUAGUCCUCGUCACAGGAGCUGGAAGCGGGAUAGGGGCAGCUAUGGCGAAAAGAUUUGCUAGUCUAGGAGCUUUAGUUGUGCUGUGGGACAUUAACAGUGAGACAAAUAAUAGAGUUUGUGAAGAGAUCAAGGCGGAGGGUGGCAGAGCUAUUGCUUUUACCUGUGACCUCAGUAACAAAGAGGAGAUCUAUCAGACAGCAGCUAGAGUUAAAAGAGAUGCUGGUAAUGUCACUGUUCUUAUCAAUAAUGCUGGUAUCAUAACUGGAAAGAAGAUAUAUGAGCUGAGUGACGAGAUGAUUGAGAAAACCUUUAGCGUGAACACAAUAGCUCACUUCUGGACUAUAAAGGCAUUUGUCCCUGAUAUGAUAUCCAAGAAUCACGGUCAUAUCAUAACAAUAGCCUCAGGGGCAGGUCUCUUUGGUGUCCCUGGCAUGGUGGACUACUGUUCCUCAAAAUUUGGUGCUAUAGGAACCCACUCCUCCCUAACGCUAGAGCUAGAGGCUAACGGAUCCACUGGUGUCCAUACUACAGUAGUGUGUCCUUUUUUCAUUGAUACAGGAAUGUUUGAUGGAGUUAGAUCAAAGGUCCCUCAUCUCCUGCCAAUACUAAAGACUGAUUAUGCUGUUGAUAAGAUAAUGGGAGCCUAUCAUUCAAAUCAGUCGAUGCUGCUCAUGCCAAGGAUCCUCUAUCUAUUUCUAGUCAUGCAAUCCAUAUUUCCAGUAAAAGCUUCGAUUGCAGCUGCAAGGUUAUUUGGUAUUACAACAGUAUUGGAUGGAUUUAAAGGUCCGAGAGAGACAAGAAAGAAAGAAUAACAAAUACUUGCAAUAAUGAAACUGUUUUGUGUGACCAUGUGACUUUAUAAUAUUUGAUUUAUUAUUAAUUAACAUUAUUUUACAGUA